CCGACGGGCAGCGCGCGACACCGCCCACCCCGGGACUCUGGUCUUCAGCUUUGUCGGCCAGGAAACUUCCUGAAUAAGACAACAACCACAACGAGCGGAGUUCCGGGUAGAAAACGCUCGCAGCACCCGUCUUAUCUUUUUAUACGACUGAUGGUGCCGUUUUUUUGGUUGUUGUUGCCACCAGAUACUUGGCUAGCUAGCGACAGAGAGCUAACAGUUAGUUAGCUCACGGCGGAGUUGAUCACCUGCUGUUAACUGCUAAUCUCAUGUUAGCGCCAACACUACCUGUGGGUAUACUCUUCAUCAUCACAUCACCCAGCUCCUGGCUUGUCUUCACCCGGGACCAGCCUCCCCCUCCCCCGGUCCCCGUCUGCUCUCAUUCCGUCAGAGUGAUUGAAUGAGGUGAAAGUGGCAUCAGUGGACAAGCACGCAAAUAAAGAGCCAUCGAUUGGUCCAGGAUGACCAUGGACGACAUGAAGAAUGAAGCCGACGCUGCCUCAAUAGUCUCCAUGGCUCUCUACACUGUGAUGUACCCCGUUUUCAACCAGUUGGAGAAAGUCAACUUAUCAGCAGCACAGACCUUGAGAGCAGCCAUUAUAAAGGCAGAGAAGGAGAACCCCGGUCUGACCCAGGACAUUGUUAUGAAAAUACUGGAGAAGAAGAACGUAAAAAUUGACUACCACGAGUCUCUACUUCGCAUGGCUGCAGACGACGUGGAAGAGUUCACGAUUGACAGGCGAGAGCCAGAGUUUCAGGAGCUGAACGAGAGAGCCCGAGCUCUGAAACACAUCCUGAGCACCAUACCAGAUGAGAUCUAUGACCGAGCGGGCUUCCUACAGAGUAUCAAAGACAUCGCCAGUGCCAUCAAGGAGCUGCUGGACAUGGUCAAUACGGUCUUCAGGAAGUACCAGUAUCAGAAUAAACGGGCGCUGGAACAGCAGAAGAAAGAGUUUGUGAAAUACUCCAAGAGCUUCAGUGUCACUCUCAAAACCUACUUCAGAGACGGAAAAGUGAUGAACGUCUUUGUCAGCGCCAACCGGCUCACCCACCAAACCAACAUGAUACUGCAGGCCUUCAAGACCGUGGUGUAGCCCCCAACACACACACACACACACACACACACACACACACGUUUUUAUUAGAGAAUAGGUGAUCCGAGGCUUUGUAAUUUGCAAAGACAUUUUCUUAUUUUGGGCUGUAUAAUUUAUAAUUCUGUGGCUUUGAGGGGAGAUCAGGUAGUUUGAGGUUCAAAGCAGAUCAGUUUGACGGUAAUUGCCAGGGAUUUUUUUAUUCUCUUUUAUGUUGUUCUUUUAUCAGAUUCUCAAGUAGAUAUUUCUUGGUUCCGUUAUAUAUCCCCCUCCUCCUUACUUCAGUGCUGGGUAGUUCUGGAAAAAGUUUUGAAAAAUGAGAUUAUCUGCCAUGUCCUUUCAAAAGCGAUUGAUAAAGUUUUAUAAAGUAAAAUAAGUGGUAUUCCAUCUUCCCACAUUCUUGCACAUUUCUGCACUCAUUUUAUUAUAAUUGUUCUUGUUCAAACAUAAUCUUGAUCCAUGCGGUGGUAUUAUGUACUUGGCAAACUAUGUCCUGCCUCUAUCAGCUGACUGCAAAUUUGAGUUAAAUCUCUGAGGAAAAAGAUCUGGAGUUACUGUGUUCAAUAUUUGCCUUCUCCUUCCUGCACUGUUUGAGUGAGCACUGCUUCUCCUUUCCUAUAAACUUUUGUUUCAGAAAUGUCUUUCAAGUCUUCACGUUUACUGUCCAUUAACUAUAGAUCGUCUCCUAUAGAAAAGGCCACACCGGUGCAAUGACCCCAUCCAACACUGUACUGGACCCUGUCAGCUGUUUCUAACCGUCUUUUCUUCUUGGGACCCCUUUAAACAAUGUCUUCCUGUGGCACGUGGUGCGAGCACUUCAAUCCUUCUCUGAAUGUUUAAUUUAAAAGAUUCUAACAGAACUGGAGUGGUUGGAGGAAUUUUCUGCAGGAAAAAGUAAAAUCAAUUUAUGUUUUUGUCCUUUUUAUUUAUACAAAUUAAAACACUGCAUUGUUGCUGGCUAAAUAGUUUUUCCCCCCUUUGUAAAUGGGACGUGCAUGUACCAACUUCUCAUGAAGAGAAUUGCGAGGGCUCAAACUCUGUUUGUGGAGUCCAUGUUCAGAAGUAGUUGAAAGUCAUUUCUUGUUAAAGUUGACUCAACUUUAAUAAUAAUCCUCAGACUGGCAAGUUGUAACACUUUGCAACUAGACUCCCAAAUCCUAAAUUGAUGGUUAAUGGUUUACGGUGUUUUUUUAUUCUGGAUUAUUAAGCAGCAGAUCAUGAAUAAUUGAUUCUUUUCUUUGUUUAAACAAGACAAUGAAUGUAUCAUUUCUGUUCCUGUCCGUCUCUCUGCAAUGGCCACAAAGAAACUACUUGAACCAGAUGUAAAUAAAAACCUCUCAAGAAACUUGAA